AGAAACGGCCUGCGGGUUUAAGACUCAAAUCUUUCCCAGGCCUGGGACUCUUAAAAUAGAAGGAAGAAGAUUCUGACGUAAGGAAAAAGAAGCUGUGUGUCAUUCUCAAUUAACCAAACUUCCUUGAAAUACUAGGCACAAGAAAUACCCAGCAAUGCUGUACAGAGAAGGAAGAGAAAACACAACUGGUAACCACACGGAUGGUCGGGUCCUGGAGCUUGCCUCUGCGUGCCAUGCCAUCUAAAUUCGCUUUCUUCCGUCAACUAAGGGUGGAGGCCAACUCCCAGCCUCCACCCACCAGCCCAAAGAGGAAGAGGAACUUGUCAUCGGAUUCUGAGGAUGACCUGGCAGAGCUACUGGACCCUGAGCCUGAGCCGGUGUGGUCUGUGGAGACACUGUGUGGGCUCAGGAUGACGCUGAAGAGGAGGCGCGCGUCUAUGGUGAGGCCUGAACACCACAAGGUCUUCACCAGGAUGCUGGAGGAUCCUGUGGUGAAAAAAUUCCUGGCCUGGGACAAGACGCUGAGAGUGUCUGAUAAGUACCUCCUGUCUAUGGUCAUAGCUUAUUUCAGCCGCGCCGGGCUCUUCUCCUGGCAGUAUAGGCCCAUCCACUUCUUCCUGGCUCUGUACCUGGCCAAUGACAUGGAGGAGGACAACCAGGCCCCUAAACAAGAUAUUUUUUACUUCCUCUACGGGAAGAGCUACGCCCAGCGCCCCAUGUUCCACAAACUGCGGUUCCAGUUCCUUCGGUCCAUGGGCUGGAGGAUCUGGGUGUCCAGGGAGGAGUGUGAAGAGAUCCAGGCUUACAAUCCAGAGCUCUGGGUGUGGGUACGAGAUCGCACCAACCUAUCUUAG